GCGCCCGCCCUGGAGUUUGACCCCAAGGCUGCCCCCGCCCCCCGUCCCUCGGGUCCUGCAGCAUGAGCGACCCUGAGUCACCCACCGAGACCCCUGGGCCUGACGCCCCGACCUGGCCGACUCCGCCCACCUACAGCAACCUUGGCGAGGCCCGUGCCCAGCUGCUGCCAUCCAAGGCCUGCCGCCCCCGGACAUCCAGGCCCCCCUUGACUGACCCACAGCCCCUGCCCCCACCUCUGCCCAAGAAGACCUUGGCCAGGACCCAGUCCCUGCCCACCCACAGGGUCCCCAGCUCCGGCCCCACUCCCGCAGGGCAGCCUCGGAGGCCCUAUCUGGGGUCCCACAGUGUGGACGAGAGCCAGGCCGGCAACGACCAAGCAUGGGCCCCUGGUCCCCCUACGCAGCCACACAUUCGCUCGCUCCACAGCCCGCUGGGCCUCGGCUGGCCCGACCUGCAUCGCCCCGAGGCUGUGCGCGCCUUCCUGGAGGCCCGGCAGCUGGAAGGCCUCCGUACCGUGCACGCCCAGCUCCGGGCUCGGCUGCUGGGGGGCCGCCCGGGCCCCUGUCACCCCGGCCACGGCUUCCGCCUCCUGGACAGCUCGCCAUGUGUGGACAGCGGGGACGCCCUCUACUACCGCCUGGUGCGGGUGGGCGACGAGGCGUGGCACAUGCUGGCUGCCAAGGUGCCCAAGCCGGGAGCCGCGGAGCCCCACCCGUGGGGCCUGGAGCUGCAGGCCUCGCUGGGCCCACACUUCAACCUGCAGGGGCUGUGCGGCCUGGUACCCGAGGACGCACUGCCCGGAGCACCCUGGAGCGGCCCCGUGGCGCUGGCGGCGGAGGUGCCAGAGCGCACGCUGACCCAGUGGCUGUCCGAGGUGGGCAGGCGGCUGCGGCCCGCGGAGCUCCCCUGGGUCGCGGCCCUGCUGCUGCUGCAGCUCACGUCCGCGCUGGAGCACCUGGAGGCUCGGGGCGCGGCCCUGGCCGAGCUGCGGCCCGAGAACCUGCUGCUGGCGACGCCCCGGGGCUGUGCCGCGGCCGGGCCCCCUCGCCUGCUGCUGGCCGACUUCGGCCGCGUCCGCCCGCAGCCCCCGGGCCCCCCGGGCCCCCACGCGCAGCAGCUGAGCCACCUGCUCCGUGCCCUCCUGGGCCCCGCGGCGCCCUCAGCCACGCCCUUGGCAGCCGGCCUGGAGACUCUGGCGGCGCGGCUGGCCCACUCGCGGCCCUCGGCGGCCCAGGCGCGGGCUGCGCUGCAGGCACUGCUCUGGGGCCCGGGGCCUGCGCUGCGCGGCCGAGGAGCCCCGCUCGGGCCCUGGCUGCAGGUGCGCCGGGCGCUGCUGGCCCUGCACCUGGCCGAGCGGGCCGCGGCGGGGGAGGCGCCCGGCCUGGAGGACUCGCUGUGCUGCGCAUACCUGGCUGAGGCCACGGAGGCCUCCCUGGGCCACGCCCUGGCGCUGCUGUGGGACUGA